CGUGCAGUACGUUGUUUGGCAGCAAAUUGAUACUAAAAAUUUCAACAUGCCAUCCUGUUGCGUCCCAGAAUGCAAAAAUUAUCAGAAAGGUUUUUCUAUGUACUCCCUUCCCGCAGAACCUAGUAGAAGAGCAAUAUGGAUUGCAAAUAUCGGCAAACAAGAUUGGAAUUGUGCGAAAAAAUGGUUUAUAUGAGGCACAUUUUGCUGAUGACAUGUGGGAAAAACCUCGCAUGGAUGGGAAGCGCAAACUGAAGUACAACGCGGUGCCAACAAUUUUUAAUAAUAUACCUGCGUGCAAUGUAGAUACACAUGUUGCAAAUGCCAGGGCAUCUUCGAAGAUAGAUAAUGAAUGUGACUAUUUUAAUAACAUAGAGUUAAACGUAUUGUAUAAUGUAGCUGGAUAUAUAGUUCAUAGUAUUGCUAAAGGCAAAAGUGCAAUAUGCACAACUUGUUUAAAUUCGGCAGGUUCAACUAAAUAUAACGCAAAUGUUAAAUACGCAAACUUUGUUCAUCUCAAAUGUUACCGGAAUAACACAUUAUUUUUUGUAACCCAAGAUGUUUUUGAAUAUUUUAUGGACAUGGAAUUUAUAAUUAGACAAUAUCUUUCUCAUGUAAGCAAUUCUAAAUGUAAUUUAAUUAUCUUUUUUAUGGAAAAAAUGAAACAUAUUUCUUGUGGAUCGAACCUCAGCCGUCAGCUCGGUAGUCCGUCACAGAAGGUCGAAGCCACCAAGGCCGAAGCCCCCUCUGGGGAGACCGAGGCGGUCCAGCCGCCAGAGAUCUCCCAAGAGGGGGUGAAGGCGAACCUCGGCCACGGCGCCCGGGCUCAGGGCCUGUGGGUACACAGGAUCCGGGAACUGGGCGCCGGGCUGGGGGUGGCCACCGAGCCGAAUUGGGUGCCGAUCAGCAGUGAAUACUGGUUCGGCAGCCCGGACGGCUCGGUGGCCAUAGAAUCAAGCAAACUGUCGUUUGAGAACAUGUCUGAUUGCUUGGUGUUUAUAGGACAGUAUACAUAUAAUCGAUUUCUCGUAGAAAGAAAUUUUUCAGAAAAUGAAUUGGAUGCAGACAAGGAAGCUGUAACAGAUGCAGAUUUAAAAUAA